AUGCAAUCUAUACAGUUGAGAGCAGCAAUUCUGUUUUGGAUGUACACUCAAGUACACGGUCGAAUGGAAACAGUUCAUUGUGAAAUUGUUUUGCGGAACAGUCUCAUGUAUGGAGAUAUUGGCAUUACAUCAUGUGAGGUUCGCAUUGUUGAAGACUCACAACAACCGACAUCCGCAAUUAUUUUCGACGAGUUUCCAAACACAUCCGUCAAUGAGAUAAACAUCACAGGAAAGUUCGAAAGUAUUCCAGACUUAUCAGACGCCACCCGAAAAUUCGUCUUGAAACGGCUUGUAAUCACGGAUGUUGGAUUGAAAUUCGUAAAGAGAGAUCAACUUGCCAUUUUCGAAAAAAUUUCAGAGUUAGAUCUACGCAAAAAUGAAAUUUCCGAACUUGAUGCCAACAUUUUUGAAGUACUUCCCAACCUAAAAGAAAUUUCGCUACGAAAAAACUUACUGAAGGCGCUGCCCGUAAACAUCUUUCAGAACAACAAAAAGUUGGAGUUCAUUCUUCUCGACAACAAUAAAUUGACCGAAAUCCAUAGCGACACUUUCAAAGACCUGGAAAAUCUUUAUCAUCUUUCAAUGGAUGACAACCACCUCGAAACGCUACCAGCGAAUAUCUUCCGUAACAAAAAGAAAUUGAACAAAAUUUUCCUCAAUAACAAUAAGUUGAAAGUAAUAGAUAGCGAUACGUUUAAAGGACUCAACAACCUUCAGUUUCUUGAGUUAAGUGACAAUCAGAUUGAAAUUUUGCCGGAAGGAUUAUUCGAUGACAACAUGAAAAUGGUGGUGCUUGAAUUACGCGGCAAUAAAUUGAUGAACAUCGAAACUGACCUUCACCAGCUUAAAAAGCUAGUUUACCUUAGUUUAGCUGGAAACGUCUGCAUUGAUCAGAGCUGUGAUUUUUCAAUUUAUAAUACUUCAUCUCAAUUCGAAUCUCGAUUCGACUUUAUUGAGAACGUUCAACAAAAAUGCACAUCAUGUGAGGUUCAUAUUUAUAACUACUCGCAACCGAUUUCCGCAGUUAUUUUCGACGAAAUUCCAAACAUAUCCGUCCGUGAGUUGAAAAUCACAGGAAUGUUGGAAAGUAUUCCAGACUUAUCAGACGCAACCAAAAAAUUCGUAAAUUUGAAACGGCUCAUAAUCGCGAAUGUUGCAUUGAAAAUCGUUGAAGGAGAUCGACUCGCCGUUGUCGAAAAAAUGUCAGAGUUAGAGUUUCGCCAAACUGAAAUUUCCGAUGUUGAGGCCGACAUUUUCAAAGGACUUCCCAAUCUUAAACAUAUUUCGCUACGAAACAACUUACUAGAGACGCUGCCCACAAACAUCUUUGAGAACAACAAAAAAUUGGAAUUCAUCACUCUCGACCGCAACAAAUUGACUAAAAUUCAUAGCGACAUUUUCAAAGAACUGGAAAAUCUUUAUUAUCUUUCGAUGAAUUACAAUCAACUCGAGAUGCUACCAGGGAAUAUCUUCCGUGACAAUAAGAAAUUGAACCAUGUGUCUCUCUUCACCAACAAAUUAAAAGAAAUCGAUGUCGAUACUUUCAAAGAACUUGGCGACCUUGAAAAAAUAAUCUUGAAUAACAAUCUGAUUGAGGCUUUGCCCAAUGGCUUAUUCGACGAUAAUCCAAAGUUGAAGUUCAUUACUCUCUCCCGCAACAAAUUAACCGAAAUCAAUGUCGACACUUUCAAAGAACUUUCAGUUUUAUAUAAUCUUGACUUAAGUCAGAACCAAAUCGAGGUACUGCCCGCGACAAUCUUCCGCAGGAAUCACAACUUGAACACAAUUCAUUUCAACGACAAUAAGUUGAAAGUAAUAGACAGCGAUACGUUUAAGGGACUCAACGAUCUUCAGUUUCUUGAGUUAAAUUAUAAUCAAAUUGAAGUUUUGCCUAAAGGAUUAUUCGACGACAAUAUGAAUAUGGUGGUGCUUGAAUUACGCGGCAAUAAGUUGACGAGAAUCGAAACUGAUCUUCAUGUACUGAAAAAGCUAAUUCUGCUGGCUUUAUUUAGAAACGUCUGCAUUGAUGACAUUUGGGAAUUUUCGGCUUGCAGUUCCUCGUCUGUGUUCGAAUUGAUUGAGAACGUUCAACGAAAGUGCUCGUAAUUUACUUCAAGAGAUUUCUAUUUUUGAAACACUUCUACACUGUAAUUGGUAGAAUUCAUUA